GCACCUAACCAUUUCAAAGUCGUUUCAGAUCUACCGUUAAACCCCCGAUCCCUAUUUCUGCAAUAUUCAACAUAUUUGUCUGCCCAGCAAAAUCAUUUGUCCCAUUGGUUUUGGACCAACAGCAACCCUACGAGUUUCUGCAAUGCGAUGCCUUCAUUGAAGGCUCCACCCUCUACAGCACAAUUCAAUUUCCAGAUUGAAACUACUGCUUGAUGGCAGCAUGGUGUGCUGAUGCCCGCUGUCAUUCUAAUAAUUUUAAAAUCCCUAAAACCCUUACUGCUGAAUUUUCAUUUGGCCGUUCCUUUUUUGUCCUUUUCAUUUGAAUAAAUCUGAAACGUCCAUAUGAAUUCCACCAAUCUAGAAUUUCAAAAUUAGCUACUUAAAAUUUGAAUUUUGAAUUUGAAUUUUGAAAUUGUAAUGGACUGAAUCCAACCGUUGAUGAGUUAUCGCUUCAGCUUACAGCACAUUUCCACACAUUCACACCAAUCCGAUCCCGCUUUCAUUUCAAACAAAUUAAACCACAGUUGCCUAGUUGCUAUAAAUAUUCCUCCGUCCCCACAACCUUUUCUCUCAAUUAUUUCUCUGUUUUUCUCUCUGGUUUUUUUGUCGAUCGAAGAUGCGAGAGAUUCUGCACAUCCAAGGAGGCCAGUGCGGCAACCAGAUCGGUGCCAAAUUCUGGGAAGUGGUAUGCGCCGAGCACGGCAUCGACGUGACCGGACGGUACCAAGGGGAUUCGGAGCUUCAGCUAGAGAGGAUUAAUGUGUAUUACAACGAGGCUAGUUGUGGGAGGUUUGUGCCGAGGGCGGUCCUUAUGGAUCUUGAGCCAGGCACCAUGGAUAGCAUCCGAUCCGGGAUGUACGGUCAGAUUUUCCGGCCGGAUAACUUUGUUUUCGGUCAAUCUGGUGCCGGGAACAACUGGGCUAAGGGGCAUUAUACAGAAGGGGCGGAGUUGAUCGACGCGGUGCUUGAUGUUGUUCGAAAGGAGGCAGAGAACUGUGAUUGCUUGCAGGGUUUCCAGGUGUGCCAUUCUCUAGGAGGUGGAACUGGAUCUGGCAUGGGUACUCUUUUGAUUUCAAAGAUCAGGGAGGAAUACCCUGAUCGAAUGAUGCUUACUUUCUCUGUUUUCCCCUCUCCCAAGGUCUCUGAUACGGUGGUAGAACCAUACAACGCAACCCUAUCUGUCCAUCAAUUGGUUGAAAAUGCAGAUGAGUGUAUGGUUCUUGAUAAUGAAGCUCUUUACGACAUUUGCUUCCGAACCCUCAAGCUUACCACUCCAAGCUUUGGCGAUCUGAAUCAUCUGAUUUCUGCAACAAUGUCUGGAGUGACCUGCUGUUUGCGUUUCCCGGGUCAGCUGAAUUCUGACCUUAGAAAACUUGCCGUAAAUCUCAUCCCAUUCCCUCGGCUCCACUUCUUCAUGGUGGGUUUUGCGCCUCUCACCUCCCGUGGUUCCCAGCAGUACAGAGCCCUGACAGUGCCGGAACUGACACAACAAAUGUGGGAUUCAAAGAACAUGAUGUGUGCAGCUGACCCACGACAUGGCCGGUAUCUGACAGCAUCCGCCAUGUUCAGGGGCAAGAUGAGCACCAAGGAAGUUGAUGAACAGAUUCUCAAUGUCCAGAACAAGAAUUCUUCCUACUUUGUGGAAUGGAUACCAAAUAAUGUAAAAUCAACAGUCUGUGAUAUCCCACCUACAGGCCUGAAGAUGGCAUCAACCUUCAUCGGGAACUCAACAUCCAUACAAGAAAUGUUCCGCAGGGUGAGCGAGCAGUUCACAGCUAUGUUCAGAAGGAAGGCCUUCUUGCACUGGUACACAGGCGAAGGUAUGGACGAGAUGGAGUUCACAGAAGCAGAGAGCAACAUGAAUGAUUUGGUAGCCGAGUAUCAGCAGUACCAAGAUGCCACAGCCGACGAGGAGGGAGACUAUGAGGAUGAAGAGGAAGAAGAACUCCAUGACAUGUGAUGUUGAAUUAGGCGGUUCUGUGUUUACUCCCAGUUGCCGGUCUCUGUUAAGAGAAUGGGUUAUUCUGGGUUAGCUGUAUGACGACAUAUCAUUCCAACAAUGUUUUUGAUUUUGCUUCUUUUCUUUAGGGGCUUGCUGAGAAAAGAGUAGUAUUUAUAUUUGAUAUAUAAGCAGUCAACUAUUGGGAUGGAUC